UGUAUACAAACGAAUAAGUUUUCAUUAUGUCGCAUUCUUUAAAUAAUCACGACGACAAUUGUUUUUACAAAACUCAACACGAAGAAGCUUCGAAUUCGGACGAGCACGGAAGAAAGAAAGAAUCAAUCACACUGAAACUUUUGAAAACUAUUUUUGAAUUUACAUUAAGAAAAAUGGAAUUAGCGGUGGCUUUACCCUCUAUUAUAUUAAACCCUGAAUUAUCCAUGAUACUAACAAAAUGCGAGGUAGGUAUGAUAAAAGACAUUUUUUUGUGCGAUACUGAACAUUGUUCGUCAUGUUUAUUGAAGUCAGAGUUUGAACAAAAGGAACAUUCUUUAAGAAAGCGUGCAACGACGAAAACACAUUGUCAGACAACUUGGACCAUGUCCAGAUUUGAUCGUGCAGUCUACAGAGCACUACAAAUUUUGAACAAACACAUCGAUGUUCUGCAUCCUCGCGACAAGUACAUAUCAAUUCCGUCAGCUUUGUUUCUGCAUCAUCUUCGUUGCUUUUUGCAACAUGCUCUGUGUAGAUUGCACCUCACGCCGGACCAAGCGAGAAGCAAAGAACUGCAUUACAGACAAUUCUGGCGCGAUCAGAAAAGAUCUAUCGAAGAUAGUGACGUAUUCACGAGGGACUUGGAAAAGCAGCGAAGGAAUCAUGAAAAGCUACUCGAGAAUGUAAUCAAGCAAUAUAAAAAAAACUUGGCCGUUGUCGUUGACAUUAACAAAAAGUGCAACGAGGACAUGGCGAAUAUAACUGUCAAAUAUGAGAAAAAACAAUUGAUGUUACAUAAAGUAUGGGAAAUAGAACAAAACGAAGUACAGCGAGCACUGAACAGUAUCACGGAUGAUCUCGAAUCCUUGAAAAAUAUAAAUGCAAAUGUAGAAGAAGCUGUUUACAACCGAAGAUUAGCUGUCGAAUCGAAAUUAUUGGCGGUGUUGACCAAAUACGACACAGAAAUUGGAAGCAGAUAUCGAACGUUGAAAGAACUCAGUCAAAUUUAUGAAAAUGACAAACUAGAGAAACUCGCGCUUGAACAAGAACUGAAGGAACAAGAAGAAGAGUACGUUGCCCUAUUGGGAGCGACCGAUUUCUACGAACGUUUGGCUACGCUUCAUCAAGAACGUUCCGCGACAAGUAUUCAACGUUGGUGGCGCAGAAUUUUGUUGGAUAAAACCGCAGAGACAACUUGAAGAAGAAGAAAAUCGAAUAAACGACUCUCUCAAAUCAUUAUCGUUGACUCAUAAAAAAUCGUAAAGAAAAAAAAUAGAUUUUGAAAUGUAUUAUUAAAUAUAUAUAUAUAUUGUAUUUGC